AUGUCUUAUGUAGCAGUAACUCAGUUCUGUGGAACAAAUGUUAUAGCUACAAAUUUAAAAAUUUGUUCUGAAUUGAUUUAUAAUGUUGCUAAGAGGGGAGUUAAGGCAUCAGAUUUUAUUGGUAUAAAUAAUGAAGAAACUUUGAAAUUAACAAAUGAAAACAAUUUUUUUGUGGAUGAAAUGAGAAAACAAGCAAUAAAUAAUAAAGUAUGGAUUUCUAUUGGAAUUCAUGAGACUAGUCCAACACCAAAACACAUUUACAAUACGCAUCUCAUAAUCUCAUCUAACGGGGAAAUUGUUUCGCGUUAUCAUAAACUACAUCUUUUCGAUAUAAAUAUCAAAAAUAGUCCUGUACUUAUUGAAAGUUCUACCACUUUACGAGGAGAUAAAAUUAUUGAUCCUGUCGAAUCUCCUAUAGGAAAAAUAGGAAUGAUGAUUUGUUAUGAUCUAAGAUUUCCUGAAUUAUCUUUAACAUUAAGAAAACGAGGUGCUGAAGUUUUAACUUAUCCUUCUGCUUUCACUGUUAAGACUGGAAUGGCUCAUUGGGAUGUAUUACUGCGUGCAAGAGCUAUUGAAACCCAAUCUUAUGUUAUAGCAAGUGCUCACAUUGGACAACACAAUGAAAAACGUGAAAGUUUUGGGAGUGCAAUGAUUGUUGAUCCAUGGGGAACUGUGUUAGCAAAAUGUCCGGAAACAACUAAACCCACAUUUGCAUUAGCGGAAAUUGAUUUGGAUAGACUGAAACAAUUAAGAAUCAAUAUGCCAGUAAUUGAACAUCGAGAUGAACUACAACUUGAAAAAUAUUCUAAUUCAAGUAAUAAUGAAAAUGAUACUGAAAAAGAAGUGCCAGAUAAAAUAAUGGGUAAUUUUAUGGAAAAAUGCCAUGAGAUUAAAAAUAGAGCAAAAGAGUUAUUGGAAAAAGCAAAGAAAAAAGAUGGUACUGAGAUUAAAUUGGAUUAUAACAUUAAAAUCCAAAUAAUUCGUGGAUUUAUUUACAUGAAAAGAGUAAAUUCUGAAGCUUAUUUUAGAAAGAGAGAUGAGAAAAAUGCCAAAAACAAAGCAAAAUAUGUUUUAACUGACGCCAAACAUAGAUUUUCAGAAAUUAAUUACAGAAAAUUUUUAUUAGAUUAUGAGUUAAAUGCUAUAAAAAGUGAUGAACCAAAAUAUCACAAAAUAUCAUUAAAGCCUCUUGAGGAAUUUCUCAAUACUGCGCCACAAGAAUUUAUUGAACCAUUACGAAAAUAUCAUGAUUUUGCUGAUAUUACAUGA